GGACGCAGGAUGCGCGGGUGGCCGCUGAUCCUCGUGCUGUGCGCUCUGCUUCCCUCGCCCGCGGCGUGGGGCUCGGCCAAGUCGUACCCGCGCUGCGCGAUGCUGGACGCCGAGGGCCAGUACUGGCUGGGCUGGGGCCAGCGGGGCAACCGCCUGGCCUUUCGCCUCGAGGUGCGCACGGUUGGCUACGUGGGCUUCGGCUUCUCGCCCGCGGGGACCAUGGCUGCGGCCGACAUCGUCGUGGGCGGGGUGGCCCACGGGCGACCCUACCUUCAGGACUAUUUUACAAAUGCAAAAAAGGAGUUGAAAAAAGACACACAGCAAGAUUACCACCUGGAAUAUGCCAUGGAAAAUGAUACACACACAAUAAUUGAGUUUAGCAGAGAACUGCAUACAUGCGACGUAAAUGACAAGAGUAUAACGGACAGCACGGUGAGAGUGAUCUGGGCCUACCACCAUGAGGAUGUGGGAGACACUGGUCCCAAGUACCACGACGCCAACCGGGGCACCAAGAGCCUGCGGUUACUCAGUCCUGAGAAAACCAAUGUGUUGCCGACAGCCUUGCCAUCUUUUGACCUGGUAAAUCAGGACGUCCCCAUCCCAAACAAAGGUACAACGUACUGGUGCCAAAUGUUUAAGAUUCCUGUGUUCCAGGAAAAGCAUCAUGUGAUAAAGGUUGAGCCGGUGAUACACAGAGGCCACGAAAGCCUGGUCCACCACAUCCUGCUCUAUCAGUGCAGUAGCAACUUUAAUGACAGUGUUCUGGACUACGGCCACGAGUGCUAUCACCCAAACAUGCCUGAUGCCUUCCUUACCUGUGAGACCGUGAUCUUCGCCUGGGCCAUUGGUGGAGAGGGUUUUUCCUACCCACCUCAUGUUGGAUUGUCCCUUGGCACUCCAUUAGAUCCUCAUUAUGUGCUUCUAGAAGUCCAUUAUGAUAAUCCGACUCAUAAGAAAGGCUUAAUAGAUAGUUCUGGGCUAAGGCUAUACCAUACCACGGAUUUAAGGAAGUACGAUGCGGGGGUGAUCGAGGCUGGCCUCUGGGUGAGCCUCUUCCAUACCAUCCCUCCAGGGAUGCCUGAGUUCCGCUCCGAGGGCCACUGUACCCUGGAAUGCCUACAGGAGGCUCUGGAGGCUGAAAAGCCAAGUGGAAUCCACGUAUUUGCCGUUCUUCUCCAUGCUCACCUCGCUGGCAGAGGCGUCAGGCUGCGGCAUUUUCGCAAAGGGAAAGAAAUGAAACUUCUUGCUUAUGAUGACAAUUUUGACUUCAAUUUCCAAGAGUUUCAAUAUCUAAAGGAAGAACAAACAAUCUUGCCGGGAGAUAAUCUCAUUACUGAAUGUCGCUACAAUACAAAGGAUCGAGUUGGCAUGACAUGGGGAGGACUAAGCACCAGGAAUGAAAUGUGUCUCUCCUACCUGCUUUAUUACCCGAGAAUUAAUCUCACUAGAUGUGCAAGUAUUCCAGACAUCAUGGAACAACUGCAGUUCAUCGGCGUGAAGGAGAUCUACAGACCAGUCACGACAUGGCCUUUCAUUAUCAAAAGCCCCAAGCAGUAUAAAAACCUUUCUUUCAUGGAUGCGAUGAAUAAGUUUAAAUGGACUAAGAAGGACGGGCUCUCCUUCAAUAAGCUUGUCCUGAGCCUGCCGGUGAACGUGAGGUGUUCCAAGACAGACAACGAAGAGUGGUCGAUCCAGGGAAUGACGGCCUUGCCCCCGGACAUAGAAAGGCCGUACAGAGCAGACCCUCUGGUGUGCAGGACGGCGUCUUCUGCUCCUCCACACGCGAGCCCCUCGCUCCAGCUGCUCCUGUGCGUUCUCCUGCUAGGCAGUAAGCUGAGCACCACGUGCUGGUGAUCGCGAUUCUGGUGGACGCGGAGACCACAGUUCCCGUGACCGGAACCUGUCGCUUCCAGUACAGAUCAAAGACUGCCGCGUGUGGCGUGAAGAGCUCGGAGACUUGCGCUGUGGGCUGCUUUCCUCCCCUUCCCUCCGCUUCCAGUCCUCCUGAGAGACCUCAUGCCUGCUCUUUCGGGUGACUAGCCCCUGAUGUCGGAGUUUUUUAAUGAUACCCACUCUUGCUUAUGUUGGUAGCCCCAAACCAUGCGCACCCAUCAAGAAGUACUCUUACCCCUCUCGUGCUCAGAACUGGCAAGUUAAGUUUCUUUCAUAAGCUUAGCCACUACCUACAAAGGAAGAGGUUAUGAGAAAUGGUACUCACCACUUGAGACAAGAGAUCUCCCAGCUGGACGCCCUGCUGGGAGAUUCCAUGUCCAUGCGGACCUGAGUGGGGCCCGGCCAGGAAGUGGGGGUCCGGGUCCCUCUUCUCCAGUUGUGCUGGGCUUGCACAUGUGCUGCAAACCGGCCCAUGUUGCAUCAUGCUGCUCAUUGCAGAUUUAUUUUUAUAUUAGUUAGUAAACUAACUUUAAAUAUAAAAUCGCCAUCCACUGAAACUUUGGUCACUUGUUUGGUUCUCUUUGUAGCAUUCAGCCAAGUUUUGUUUUAUGUCCUAUCCUUGGUUCUUAAGCUAAAUCUGUUUAGAUCACAUUAGUAAACUAAAUGAAAUUAAAUUUUUGUGUAGUAUCUUAUGUUUAGGGAAGCAAGCAGCUCCAUUGAUGUUGCGAAUAAAAUCAAUUGAGAGUGUUGCAUUUUUCUAUGCUACUUUUAUGCCCUUUCUGUCCCCAAAACAAUGUCUUCAACAUAAACUGUAUUGCCUUUUAAUGAAUAUUAUGUUUUGGAGUGUUUCCUUCUUGAUAGAAAUUGUACAUUUGAUGAAAAUUAGAAACAUAUUUGCGAUGUAUUUUACACUUAGCUUUAUUUCCUUUUAUUGUAUAACUGCUAUGUCAGAUUCUGUGAUUUUCCUUUCAAAUUUUUAUAUGAGAAAUAUGAUAUUACCACA